CAGCCGGCUGCGGUUUAAUUUUACGCGGCAGAGGAGACGAGUGAGGCGCCCCGGAUUCUAGUCACUCAUUCAGCGGGGUGCGCGACAACCGAUUCGUUUGGACGUUUGUAAUCAAGGUAAAUUCUUCAGACCGGUUUCAAUUUAAAACGUUAGCUUCCGUUACGACAUUACGGCUUUAAAGCUAAUUGCUUCAAUUGAGGGUAUCAGGUGGCCGCUGCACGGGCAAAUUUAUUUGAGAUGGCAAUGAGUGAUGAAGAGAAAGGAGGCUCGGUAGGAUUUAAAGCCUUGCUGGUCUUCUGCAAUGGGAUUAUUGCGCUCUGUGGUCUGACGCUUUAUGCGGAGACCAUCUGGGUUGCAACGGAUGCCUACAAGGUGUACCCCAUCGUUAGUGUGACUGGGAAAGAUGACAUCUUUGCUGGGGCCUGGAUUGCCAUUUUCACAGGCUUCGCUUUCUUUUGUACGGCCGUAUAUGGGAUAUUCGCAUUGAUUCAGGAAACUCGUCCGAUGGUGGUGGUGUAUCUCGGGCUCCUGUUGAUUGUCUACAUUUUUGAAUGUGCCUCCGCCAUAACGUCCUUCACUCACCGUGACUAUAUGGUGUCCAGCAGCAACCUGAUCAAGAAGCAGAUGCUCCGAUAUUACACGGACAACUCGACCCCAGGGCAGCUGAUUACAAGUACCUGGAAUAAAAUCAUGUUAGGGCAACAAUGCUGCGGCACUGAUGGCCCCCUGGACUGGGUCAACUACAACUCCACCUUCAGCGCCACCAAUACAGCGCCUUGGCCUCUGAACUGCUGCGUGCGACUGCGCAACUUCGAGGUGGCCGACCAAGACGCCUGCUACGCCGGAGAUGUCCGCUACGUGCUUACAAACGGCUGCUUCAGCUACAUUGCAUAUUCCAUCAAUCGGUACACCUGGGGGGUUUCCUGGUUUGGAUUUGCCAUCCUAAUGUUUACGUUGCCAGUGAUGCUCUUGGCUAUGCUCUUCUAUGUUCGCAUCUGAGGUUGUUUAUGGCGCAGAGCUGAAGGAAUUCAAGUCUCCUGAGGCAGAAACACGAGAGGCAAGACAAUCGGAUGACACCCUCAGACAUUGUGCUCUUAUUCUAGAAAUGUAUUCUGUGGUGUAAGCUACUGCGCUGCACCCUCCGCAGACUUGGCACAAACCUUCGAUCUGAAGACUACACUGUGUGUGUGUGUGUGUGUGUGUGUGUGUGGCUG